UAAUGACUUUUCUACAUUACAUGGUGGCGAGUUGGAGAUUCUCGAUAAUGAUGCUGCUCCGGUAUUCGAUGAUUUAGCCAAUUUACGAGAUGAUGAGACACAAGUCGAACUGAGUACGACAGGUGAGACUUUGUAUGUCGGGAGUGUUUUUAAGAACAGAAAAGUCAUACAACAAACAAUGUCUUAUCUCGCAAUCAAACAAUGCUUUUGCUACAAGCAACGUAGGUCAUGUCCUACAAGAUUGGAGAUGGUCUGCGUUGAUGAUACUUGUCCAUGGCAUUUGACAGCUCAAGUUGUCAAGAAUUCAGAAUGUUUCAAAAUCACAUCGUAUGAUACCACCCAUACGUGUGACAUCGACACUCGUAAGAAUUAUAAUAAACAUGCUAGUUAUAAGCUUCUCGGAGAGGUAGUGAAGAGCAGAUACAGUUCUACGCAAGGGGGUCCGAGAGCUGUCGAUUUACCACAGUUGCUCCUAAAUGAUCUCAAUGUUCGGAUUUCAUAUUCUACCGCUUGGAGAGCUAAAGAGGUUGCAGUGGAAAAUGUAAGGGGGGAUGAUAUAAAAAGUUACAGGUUUUUGCCUACCUAUUUGUAUCUUCUUAAAUUAGCUAAUCCGGGUACGAUAACUCACCUACACUCUACACCUGAAGUUGAUGGUACGCAGCGCUUUAAGUAUGUUUUUGUAUCUCUCGGGGCUUCUAUAAAAGGUCUGAAGUAUAUGAGGAAGGUAAUUGUCGUAGAUGGAACGCAGCUAGUAGGACGUUACAAGGGAUGUCUCCUCAUUGCAUGUGCCCAAGACGGGAACUUCCAAAUAUUUCCAAUAGCGUUUGGUGUUGUGGAUGGUGAGACUGACGCUUCAUGGGUGUGGUUCUUUGAUAAAUUAGCUGACAUUGUUCCAUACAGUGAAGAUUUAAUGAUUGUAUCGGACAGACAUUCUUCAAUAUAUAAAGGCCUCAGUGUGGUUUAUCCGAAAGCUCAUCAUGGUGCAUGUGCAGUACACCUUGAGCGAAAUAUCUCCACCCAUUAUGGUAAGUAUGGUGUAUCUGGAUUAUUCUUCAGCGCUGCUAAAGCUUACAGAGUGAGAGAUUUUGAAAAAUACUUCGAACAGUUAAGGGCUAAGAGUGCUGCAUGCGCAAAUUACUUAGAGGAAAUUGGAUUUGAGCAUUGGACAAGAGCUCACUGUAAAGGGGAACGCUACAAUAUCAUGUCUAGCAACAAUUCGGAGUCUAUGAAUAAUGUCUUAACAAGAGCCAAAUCAUAUCCGAUUGUGUACAUGAUAGAGUUCAUUCGAGAGGUCCUAAUGCGAUGGUUCGCAGCGAGGAGGCAAAAAGUGGCUAGGUGUAAGUCUUUAGUGACGCCUGAGGUUGAUGAGCGUUUUCUCCAAGAUUUGCCUGCGUUAGGGAAAUUCGCGGUUAAGAUGUCUGGACCGUGGAGUUAUCAAGUUACAAGCAAGUCAGGUGAGCAUUUUCAUGUCGUUCUGGACGAGUGUACAUGUACGUGUCUUAGGUACACAAAGUUGAGAAUCCCAUGUGAACACGGUCUAGCAGCUGCAAUCGAGUUUGGAAUAGAUCCGAAGGUUGUUGUAGGAUGGUGGUAUGGACUUCAAACGUUUUCCGAUUCUUUUCAAGAACCGAUUCUACCUAUCGCGGAUCCGAAGGAUGUUGUCAUCCCACAACAUAUAUCGGAUUUGAUACUAAUUCCUCCAUACUGUAGACGACCACCAGGAAGACCAACAACCAAAAGGAUUCCAUCUAGAGGUGAAAACCGGAAAAAGAGACAGAAAAGACUUAUUCCGAAUCAGUGCACACGAUGUAGACAAGCAGGUCAUAACAAGAAGACUUGCAAAAAUCCUAUUUAGUUCUCCUCAUAAGCUUUAUGUCUCCGCGAAGACAGUGUACGUUUAUGUGUGGACAGUGUGUACCAAAGUGUUGUGACGGUGUACGUACGUUUAAUGUUUGCCAUCGUAUAACUAUGUACGUUUUCUGA